AUGAAUGAAGCUUUGCAAGAUGAACUUGAUCAAAUGAAUUAGAAUUAGACCUAACUAUAGAGAGACGAUACAAUCCUCGAUCUUAUAGAUGAGAUCAACAUCUCCCCAAUUGCUAAGUUGAAUUAGUCUCAGUUGGUUCAAUAUUAGAGUGAAUAGCUUAUUGGCGCAAAUGUGAGCGGUGUUGCUUUGGGAGGACAGCCGCAGCAAAAAAGCGUUUUAGGCCAGAGUCAAAGUAUUAGUCUUGGAAAUUCUUAAUAAUAGUCACAACAUCAGAAUCAUUUGAUAUCUUAAUCUCAAAUUAUGGUCAUUCACAGAUUUAAUUCAUAGUUUGAAGGGUAAAACGUAAUGGAAAGUCUGGGAGAGAGAUAGAAUAGAGAAGGUAUUGAUGAGGACUUAAUGUCUCUAGAAAAUGAUGAUGAGAUGAGAGAAGUUAAAAGUGAUAAUAAUGAAUUACCUGAACCUAUUAAGGUUAUUGAUGAUGAUUUUUUCAUCAAAAUCGAAGAGUCAAUUCACGAGGACUAAACUUCUCAGAGUAACCAAGUCAACAACUUAAAUCAACAAAUCAUGAACUAGUUCAAAGAAGAAGAGAAGGAUAAAGGAUACUAUCUGCUAUUAAACGAUAACGAAUCAGAUGAUCUAGAAGCACUUACAUCACAAAAAAGAGGGAAAGACGAGCAAAUAGACCAAAUGAUUCUGGAUAAGCAAAAUAUAUUGUCCACUUAAAAUGAAUCAGAUAUAAAUCGAUAUCGCUAACUCCAAUCUUCUUAAUCUACAAUUCUUGCUCAUGGUGAGCACCAUAUAAAAUCAUUAAGUGGAUAUUCUAAUUAGUUCAACCUAAACUCUAAGAUUUAUUCAGGCUCACAUUACCCACUUCCAUACCAUUCAGUUGAUGGAUAAUUAAUGGAUUUAAAUAUUCAUGAUAAAUAAUCUCACCAUAAAGUAAUAUAAUGGGCAGCAUAGUCAAUGAAAGAUACCAACGAUCAGAAUAUUAACUUUAACUUCUAGAGUGCACACUCAAAUAAUAAUAAUAAUAAUCACAGUAGCAAUAAAAAUCACGGAUUAAUUCAUAUUAAGGACAGCAAUAAUUAAAUCUUGAACCUUGACGUUGAUCUAAAUGAUGAGUUUGAAGAGAGAAAAGAGUUGAAUCUAAGCAGUGUCAUAGCUGGGAUGAGUAGAAAAAAUAACGAAUCAGAAAAUCUAAUCUUGAAACAGCAAGAAGAAUAAGAACUAUUACUGAAGAGAGGCAGAAAUUCAGUACUUGAAGAAGUUGAGGAUGAUGACAUAGUCAAUUAGAACUCUUCAAAAUCAUCUUCAAAGUUUCAAUCACUGGAAAGACUCCCUCAACAAAUUGAAAGCAGAGCAGAUCUUGCAAAUCAUAUCCUACAGAGCUUUUCCCAAACAAGUUAGGAUAACUCAAAUUGGAAAGCAAAUAUUCAAUUAAUGAACUAGAGAAAUUUUGUAUAGGAGGAGAUUAAACAAGAAGAUUAGCUGGAAUUAAGCAAAAAUUAGUCUUAGAGAGUUCCAUCGCUUAAAAAUCUGAGUAAAAUUGAGAACUCUAGUGGAUAGUCAUCCAGAAGGGGAAGGAUAUCUGGUAAGGGCAGCAACAACCCUGGGACAAUGAAAUUCACUUACUUUGCAGCGUCCAGUUUAUCUGAUGAUAGAUGGCUUUGUCCCAUUUGCUUGGAUAUAUUUGAGGAAGCUGUAGAGACACCAUGUUGUCACAACUUGUUCUGUGAAGAAUGUAUCAAGAAAACUCCAACAUGCCCACUAUGCAAUUUAAGAAUAAAUGGUUAGCUAAAGCCAAAUAUUCCAAUAAGAAGACUAGUUAAUGAAUUAUCUGUAAGCUGUAUUAAUCAAUACUGUGAAGAUGUGAUUAGGAAGGGAGAAAUAGACAAGCAUCUCAAAGUUUGCUAAUUCACCCCACUUGCUUGCCCUAAUAAUGAAAUGUGUGGCAAGAUUAUGAGAAAAGAGCUAGAAAGACAUAAGAAUGAAGAGUGCCCAUACAGAAUAGUAGAGUGCUUGCUAAAGUGUAGUCUUAUGCUUCCUUUAAACGAUAUUGAAGAUCACAUUGCUUAAGAUUGUCCAAAAUAUCAAAUUAACUGCAAGAAUGCAUGUGGAGGUAUUAUUGAAAGAGGAGACAUGGAGAAACAUAUUAAUAUUGACUGCCCACUUUAGAUUGUUGAUUGCCCUAAUAAAGGCGAUAGUUUGUUUGAAGAAGGCUGCCAUGUAAGACUAAAGAGAAAGGAGAUGGAGUCUCAUAAGCUAACUUGCAACUUUAGAAAGGUUUACUGUCCCAACUAGAAGUGCAAUGCAGUUAUCAUCUACAAAGAUCUGUACUCUCAUGAUGAAAGAUGCUUGUAUAAGAUUAUUGACUGUGAUAACAAGUGUGGCUAGAAGAUUCAGAGACAGCUGACUGAUAAGCACAGAGAUACUUGUGAAUUUCAGUUGGUUAAAUGUCCUUACUAUGACUUGGGUUGUAAGAUUGAGAUUCUGAGAAAAGAUUACAUCCAACAUCUCUAAGAAGAAAGCUUUAACCACAGUAUUAUAUUCAUUGAGGGUUAGAAGAGAAGAAACAGAGAGAUAGAUGAGUUGAAGUAUGAAUUAGUUAACUUGAGAUAGAAUUACGAUCUUGAAAUUCAGUCAAUGUUCCUUGAUCUGCACAGGAUGAAAGACGAGGUAACUCAGAUUAAGUAAAAAACUGGAAUACACACUACUAAUUCAAACAAUAUCAACAAUAACAUAAAUCUUAACUCAAAUAGCAGUUUAGGAGGAACAAUUGGAACUAAAAUGAUAUUGGGCAACAAUGCUGGACUUGGUGGAGGUCUCUUAGGAUUUAAAAAGGACGAGAGAAGAUUCGACCCUGCUUUGUCAAGUGCUGGGAGUGGUCUGUUUGAGAUUGGCAGGAAUAGAAAUGAACUGCAAUUCAGACCAAAUUUGAACAAUAACAAUGAAAGAUAAAUAGCCUAUAAUAACUUGAUUGAAAGGGAGAGAAGCAUUUUAGGCUAGAAUAUCAAUGUCUAAUUGAGAUCGUCAAAUAACUUCAGCUGUAGUUAUGGAGGCAAUAUUGAUUUAAGAUAAAACAUGCUGCCUGAUUCCAAUGCUGCUUCAUUAGCAUAAAGCACACAGUCACUAGACAAUAGUUCUAAUUUGCAGGGGCUGCAUAGCAAUGGAGUACUCUCAUCGUAGUAAUUAUCUAAUAUAAACAGACUUUAAAAUAACCAAAAUAACAACAAUAAUUUAGUAGGAGGCGGUGGGGGAUCUAUAUUCUCUAACAAUCCAUUCUUCUAGCGAAGUCAGUACAAUCUUCAAGAUAGUUAGAGCAGCAGUAAUCAGCACAUUAAUAUGCAAUACACUAAGCCAAGAUUUGACUUUAGAAGCAAUAAUUAAAACAAUCACAAUGCUAACACCAAUUAUAACAAUAAUAAUAGUUAAUCUCAAUUAACCGGCAUUGAUAAUUCAAAUUCAGCCAUCCCAUCUAAUUUAUUCGGAGAGAAUUCUUAAAGAGGUAGAAUUCCAAUGAUUGUGCCAAGCAGGCCAAACAGUAACAACAACAAUAAUAAUAAUAACGUUAACAACUAUUACUCAAUCAGCAACAUGAACAAUGAAAUAGAUCGCAAGAACUAACUAGCUACAUUGUUACUCGGGUCUAUGAAUGCUUCCUAGGACUCCAGUAGAAACACUAAUAGCAACAUCAACACUCAGAAUAAUAACAACAAUAACAUAAAUAUUAGUAAUAAUAAUUAGAACAACAAUCAAAUGACUUAGGAUCAAUCUCAGAUCAAUUAGCAGUUGUAUCAAUCAUAUCAGAAUUCUUACCUUAAGUAAAAUGACAACUUUGAUAAUCAAAGAAUGAGUUUUGGAAAUAUCAAUCAUUAUCAUCUGUAGCAUUAGCAAAUGCAAGGCAAUAAUAAACAGAAUAACAACAAUACAAGCAUCAAUGAUGACCUUAGUCCAAAUGUUCUUUAGCUUCAGUCCAGAAACAACCAAGAUAAUUAAAGCAAUAUUCGUCCACUAAGCAGAGGAAACAAUCAAAGUAGUAAUGAUAAUCAGAUAUUCCCUCCAAAGAGAAGCAGUAGAAGAAUAGGUAUUCAGGGCAUGAGUGAGCUAAUUAAUAUGAACAAUAGGAAUGACUAACAGAGGCAAGCAUUAAGCAGUAUUAAUGAAACUGGUGAUAGUAGCAAUAGAAAUAAAAGUAGCAGACAAGUUGUAGUGCAGCAACACUAAGACCUUGAUUCUUCAAAUGUAAUCUACGAUGAUGACUUUGAGAUAGAAGAGGAAAAGCAUAACUAUUGA